AUGAAAUGCAAGUUUAGUGACUUGAGACAUGAGAACGAGGUGGUGGCGAAGUUGGACUCCCUAGAUAUUUGUAAGAGGGAUAGUUUUAAGUAUCUUGGGUCUGUGAUUCAGAGGAAUGGUGAGAUUGAUGAGGAUGUUUCUAGAUGCAAGGAAUGCAAGGAGAAACAGAUGAGACAAUUAAUAAACAAGGUGUUUUAUCGUUUCCAAAAUGAAACAGGAAAAGCUAAUCUCAAGUUUACAGACCUUUACAUUGCUAUUGUACUUAUCUACAAAUGGCGUGGAAAGAUGAAAUUCUUUUUAAAACGAUUAAAGUUGGCAUAUGUUCUUGAAGAAUCUUGCCCUAAUACUCCUGGUUCUGAGGUAGCAUCUGACGAGGCUACUUUGAUUAAAGAACAAAUUGUCAAAUGGCAACAUGAGGAUUAUUUGUGCAAGAAUUAUAUUCUUAGAGGAAUGUCUAACAAAUAUUAUGAUCAAUAUUAUGUUAAAUGCAAAUAUGCUAAAGAGAUAUGGGACACUCUUCAAGCUAUUUAUUUAGCCGAAGAGGCGAGUUCUAAGAAAUUUCUUGUUUCAAAUUAUAUGGAGUUCAAAAUGGUUGAUGACAAGUCAAUCACUGAACAAGUACAAGAAUUCCAACUUAUAGCUAAUAAAAUUGCUAUAUCUGGUAUUGCUCUUGAUGAAAACUUUCAUGUUGGUGCUAUUGUAUCAAAACUUCCUCCAUCUUGA